GCCGAACCGCGUGAGGAUGGGUGACGGAGCGAGGGGAAGAGUCGCGGAGAUCCAGUUCGAAGACGAAGGGGGGGAAACAGUCGGCGUUCGUCCCGUCACGGUCCGAUUCCUCGAGAGAUUCACGGGACACGCACUGGGCCGUUCCGCAUACUCAGAAUCCUCUCUCUUCAGAAAAUUAUUCUGGCUUCUAGUAUUUCUCAUCGCUUUUGGCUACAUGACCUUCGGAUUCGUCGAUAUCAUCAGUGCAUACAUGUCCGGUCCCACAACGACCACCACCCAGAUCGUGUCACGGGACGAACUUCCCUUCCCAGCCGUCACCGUCUGCACCCAAAAACUUCAGCCUUAUCGCCUGCGUUACGAUUUUUCGGGGCUCUUCAGCCCGAUGCAAAAACUCCUCGAAAUGGAUGCGUACCUUGAUUUGGUGUUUGAUUUCUUAUCAAGGCCAGAUGACGUAAACCAACCGACUGGUGCACCUUUACCCUCUUUCCUCCAAGAAGAGAAUAGC